AGCAUGCGGCAGGACCUAUGGGUGAUUAUUCAGCUAGGAUUUGCUUUUUUCACUGUAUUUUCCGCUUUCAAUUCGCAGGGUUUCGUUGAAAUUUCUGUGCUGAGAGGGGUAUCUCAACAUGACCCAUCGUCUGGAAUCACUCAGAACAGCGGCUACUACAGCUUCUCUUAUAACUAUUGUUUCAGCCUUGCCAUCAUUUAUUUCGUUUUCACAGUUUGCAAUCUGAUUGCUCCCCCUAUAAUCAGCGUACUGGGCGCUAAAUGGGCACAGGUUUUGGGAGCCGCUUGCUAUACUUCUUUUAUGAUAAUGUUUCUGUUUGUGAAUUCGUGGCUUUUGUAUGUUUUCUCAGCUGUGCUGGGUUUUGGCGCUGCAGUGAUUUGGACUGCAAACGGGGCAUAUCUGGUGCAGUUUUCAAGGGAUGGUAAAAUGGGUAGAAACAGUGGAAUUCUUUGGGCUAUGCUUCAAACAUCUCUCGUAGCUGGAGCUAUCUUCCUUUUCUUCGUGCUUAGCUAUGGCGACCUUUACUCUUCAUAUCGCUUUCUCUACUCUGCAUUUGCUGUAGUUUCUUGCGUCGGCAUCAUCACUCUAUGCCUUCUUCCUUCUACUCCACCACUAAAUUUAGACGAAAGUCUGGAAGAUCCGCUUUUUGAUGACACUACUGACGAGCUGGAUGUUGUUUCAGCUCCUGUCGUUCCUCAACUAACAAGAAGCUGGCAGGAGGAAUUCAGAGUGUACACUGCUUGCCUAUCAGCUGCAACUGCUCUAAAUAUGGGGUCAGAAAGAAUUAUCUCAUACGCGGUGUUGGCUAUGGGCGCUGGACAAAUCAGUGGUGGACUUUGCUUUGGCGUAUUCCCAAAAAGUAACUCACUUAAUCGAUCACAAAUUGUCAUUCUUGGUAUGAUCCUGCACAUUCUCGCGUUCUUCCUAAGCUUUCUCAACUUGCCUAUGGAAGCUCCGCUGCAUAAAACCUCUUCUAUUGGGUACAUUGAACCAAGACAACUUCGUGUUUUGCUUGCCUUUCCAAUCGACACUUUCAGCAUCUUCAUUGCUAUUUUGACGGCAUACUUUCUUGGAUUGGGUGAUUCUUGCUGGAAUACUCAGAUUUAUACUCUCAUCGGAGCUACAUAUAAGAACGAGUCUUCCUGUGCUUUUGCUUUGUUCAAAUUCUUCCAGUCGCUAGCUGCUUGUGCUUCAUUCUACUACAGCUCAGUACUUCUUCUACACUGGCAGUUGUUGGUUCUCUGUCUUAGCUCUGCCAUUGCUGCUGUCUGCUUUUUCUCGGUCGCAAAUAAAGCUGAGACCCCAGAUGUCAUUGAAUGA